AUGACAACGAUGACAACGAUGACAUUCAACUUAGAGGUCCUGUUUGCCAACGUCCACCGCAUCUUAGAUCCGAAAGAUGUGCAAAGUAAAAUUGUACCUUUUUAUUUACCAGAUGUUAUUGAAGCUAUCAAAAUCGCGUUCACUCAAGAAGAACAAGAAAUUAUACGAGAAGCACUUUCUCCAUUGUCAGAAUCUUCUUUUUUCGGCGAAGUUGCUAAAAAAUACCUAUAUGAACUUAAUACCGCAUCGAAAUCUUUCUUAAAUUUCAAGAACGCCGUUGAAAUGAAGUUCCCGUAUAGAAACGAUAUCGCAAAUUUUAAUCUUAUUAAGAACCCAGACAUUGAUUUGAUUUUGACAUAUGGCAGGAUACUCUCUCGACAAUUUGAGGUUAUACCAUUUUUAGAGAAUAUUUCAGAACGCCAAUGGAUAGAGGUAGUUGAAAAUCACUUUGCAGCAGCUCUGGAUAACAUACUGGAUUGUUUUUGGGAACCAAACGAUAAAAGAAUUUGGAACACUUUCGAGACAAAACCGGUUAAAAAAUAUGCCGACGCUAUCCUUACAUGUCUAGCAACGAAAAUGAUUUUUUUUAUCCUAGAAAUUAAUGGAAGGCCUGGGGAUAUACCUGAUUCAGAACUAAAAGCUGAUUAUGAUAAAAUUGCAAAAUGUUUUGCAUAUCUAUUCGACGAGAUGUUGCAAAAACGCGGCCCCUUUUCCUCGGAAUACUUCAAGGAAUCUCCGUGUGAAAGCCAAUGGAAAAAAAUGAAAACAUAA